AUGGCAAACCUUUUACAACACCGUUUUAAGAAAAGGUUUUGAAGCUUAAUAUAUUACUUUUUGUCACCCGAAAUCAUACCGAAAAUUGAAGUAAGUUCUAGGCAGUACUUAUGAACAUCUGUCUGCCUUUUGACCGGAUUCAAGCAAUGUCUUCCUUGCUCAAAAAUCUUACCAAUUCGCUGGCGCGCGAACCUUCAACAAGAAAACACCCAUAACUAGGCACUGACACCCUCUUUUUUAAGUUAGUGACGACGACUUCUUAGAACAAGAUGGGAAACGUCACGCGUAUCCCGCUGAAUGAAACAGGCAACGGCACAAACAUUGUUCGCCAAACACCUCAAGUUAUUGACCGUGUUCCAUCCUUUAGACCAGGCCAAACCUUAACAGCCGUCGCUAUCCAACUAGGGUUUGCCCUCGCCUUAAUUGUUGCAGCGCUAACGAUUAACAUAAUGAUGGCGAUUGUACUGAAUAAAAAGUUCAUGGGCAUACCUUAUAUGAUGCUGAAAAAUAUCGUAGCUGUAGAUAUAGCAACAGCGCUGCUCAAUGGACCGUUCUUUGCGCUUGGCGUCAUUCUUGAUAGUAUGGGGAUUAUUAUAAAAUCCUACUGCAAUGUUCAAGGGUUCUUCCAUGCCAGCCUCAGUGCAGUCUUCCUUAAUACUGUGACGUUGAUUGCUGUUAGUAGAUGCUUGGCUGUACUCAAACCACAGCUGUAUCACAAGAUCUUUGUGAACAAGAUCACAAUGCAUAUCCUUCUUCUCGCUGUGUGGAGUAGCAGUAGUCUUCUGUGUGUGCCUCCACUGAACACAAAAGGAUGGGGGAAAUACGAUAGAUUCGAAGCGACAUGCUGGAUGGCCUGGAUCCCAGAGAACGACGACUACAUUGCGUACAACUCCCUGCUGACCAUACUGACACUUGGAACGGCUGUGGUUUCGUGUUCUUUCGGCCUGUACUUUCUUUAUUCCAUCAGGAAAGUUGGUUCCGUCACUCCAGCUCAGACAGCAACAGCUCCCCCACCCUACCCUGGGACAGCAAACAUGUCUGUGCCUGAAAAAACAUCACAGAAGAAGGUCCGCCUCAACACAGAUGUAUUCAUCAUCGCAAGCACUCAGUUUGCUGUCUAUAUUGUCCUGUGGGUACCCCUGACCGUCAUGAACUCCAUCUACCUUAAAGACUGGAGAGACAUCGAGUUUAGAGUGAUCACAUUCUUUCUGUUUGUGUUCAUGGGACGCACCAUUAUCAACCCGAUCUUGUGUUUGGUCGUAAGUGCAGAUAUUCGUAGAGAGUUUGCUAAAACGAUAUUUCGAUGUCGUUGUAAAAGAGACAAUGAGACUAGCGAGCAGGAGUUAUAAAAAGAA